AUGGAAGACGCUGAUCUAAUACUACGUCAACGCCGUGACCGCGCCAAGUCAUCCCAGCGCAGCUUCAGGCAGCGACAAGCAGCAAAGGCCACAGAGCUACAGAAGCGUCAUGAUCGACUGGAAGAGUUGCUCAAGGAGAUUGUCCAAGCUCACGAGGAUGGCACUCAAGCGGGACUUAAUGGUGCCAUUGCCAGAGCUCGCGAAGAGCUCGGACUGCAGCCUAGCCGACAGACCCCUGUUGAAGCAGACACUGCAGGUUCAGGGACAUCCCGCGACAAUGACAGCAACGCCUCUCGCAGCCUUUGCACAUCGUCAAGCUCCACAUCUGGAGAAAGCGGACCAAUAUCGACACCAGCGUCCGAGCAUGGAGUGGUCGACCUCACUAGGGAGCAGUCCGGUCGAUUCAGUCCUCGUCUAGACUAUGUCGUACUGGCGACAGAUCCCGACCGAUCCAACAAGAUCUUUGCCCCACCAUCCGACAUCAUGCCGUAUGUCGGAAAGGGAGAGUACAGAGUCGCCGGACGCAUCAUGUGGGCUUGCCUUGAACACGGCCACCGCCUUCUGAAGAAGACCAUCGCAUCUGAGAGAGGCUACCGAUUUCCCUCAGAGCAAGAUACGGAGUCAGAUCCUAACGGCGCCGGAGAACGAGCAGACGUAUCACGCGGCCUUUGGCAGCGUGCACUUGGCCAUUCCAAGCCUCUCCAAGACCUUGCUUACCUCGAAGCGCUGCUCGAUGCCCGCCUCGAGUUCCGGAAGCUUGGCUACAUGAGUCAAGACACACCUCCGAGAUCACCGCCACACACCGCUGGCCAGUCUCCGACGGCUCGUCUUACCAAAGCCGGUACCGACGAGGCGGCCCGUCAGCUCGUCGAGGGCCAAGUCAUCCAUGGCCUCAUCGCCCGUGGCGUGGAUCUGAACGACCACUGGACCGCCCUCGAAAUUGAGCAGUAUAUCCGAGUAUGUGUGGGACGCGAACGCUUUGCUAAUCUUCAGCAAGCCUUGACGAGCACUCUGGUCCAUCCGCCACAGUCACAGCAGGUAAAAGAGCUGGAGAGCAUCCGGAUGUUAGCUAACAGUCUUGCGAGUCGAGCGGUCUGUUUUGGUGAUGGACCACGAUGGUACUGCGAUAACGCGAAGGCGCUGGUCGAUGCUUGCUUCCCAACAUAA